UUUAGGUAUGCCUACCCGAGACUACCAUAAUCCUUACAAUGCACAGAGCUGAGAGAGACAGAGCUGCGCUCAUUUUGAGAGAUAGGACGGACAUAUAAUCGGUGUUUAAUUCCAUACGAAUAAUAGGUUUUACUUGAUAGGAUUAUCUUGAAAUGUAUUGCAAACCAAGACCUUUACGAAGUCCAAGAGAUCAUCAUUCAUGGACAUGCGGAUUCAAAUGAAGAUAAAGGUUUUCCUAUGGCGGGGGCUUCUGCUUUUCUUCCUCCUGGGGAAUACAAUAGAAGCGCAGACGCGCUACACCAUCCCGGAGGAGCUCAACGUGGGAUCCGUUGUUGGGAAUAUAGCAAUGGAUCUGGGUUUGCAAGUGUCUGAGAUUUCCGAUCGUAAACUGAGGAUAACCUCCGAGGGUGAUAAGCAGUAUUUCAGUGUGGAUUUGGGAAGAGGUGACCUCAUUGUUAGUGAGAGAAUAGACAGGGAGAAUCUGUGUGGACGAAAUCCCAAUUGUCUGUUACCUUUGGAGGCUUUAAUUGAAAACCCACUACAGCUGUAUCGUGUUGAGAUCGAAAUUCAGGAUAUAAAUGACAAUUCCCCAGUUUUCCAAAACAAUCAAAAUGUUUUAAAUAUUGCGGAGUCUACAAUUCCAGGUGUACGAUUUCGUUUAGAAUCAGCACAAGACCCCGACGUUGGCUCCAAUUCUUUACGCUCAUAUACACUUAGUAAAAAUGAACAUUUUGUGUUAGACAUAAAAACAAAGAAGGAUGGGUCAAAAGUCCCAGAAUUGGUUUUAGAAAAAGUAUUGGACAGAGAAAAACAGUCCGUACAGAGCCUGCUUUUGACGGCCGUAGAUGGUGGAAAUCCUGCUAGAUCAGGUACAGCAGAAAUUACUAUUCGAGUUCUAGACAAUAACGACAAUGCACCUGUGUUUGAAGAAAGUACAUAUGACAUUCAAGUGGUUGAAAACACAUUACCAGGAACGGUCGUCGUCACUGUUAAAGCAGUCGAUCUUGAUGAUGGGUCCAACAGUGAGAUCGUUUACUCAUUUGGACCACACACACCAGAGUCACUACAGGACCUUAUAACUGUAGAACCGCAAACUGGUGAAAUAAAGGUUAAGGGAAAUAUAGAUUAUGAAAAGGGAAAUUCGUUUAAAUUUGAUGUUCUCGCAACAGACAAGGGCACCCCACCAAUGCAGGGCGUAUGUAGUAUUAAUGUAGAAGUUAUUGAUUUAAACGACAAUUCCCCAGCUCUCAUUUUAAAAUCGCAGCCUAGCCCGGUGAGGGAAGACACGCCUAUUGGAACGGUUGUUGCUUUGAUAAGUGCUAAGGAUAUAGACUCUGGAGAUAAUGGUGAAGUAAGUCUGAAUAUAGCUCCAGGCUUACCUUUUUCAUUAAAACCAUCAAUUUCUAAUAACUACGCUUUGGUUAGUGAUUCCAGUUUCGAUCGGGAGAAAAAAACGGAGUAUACUGUCGAAAUUAUAGCUUCUGACCACGGGAAACCGUCUCUUACCUCUAGAAAAACAAUCACGGUUCGUGUUUUAGAUGUCAAUGACAACUCGCCAGUGUUUUCCCAGCCGUUCUAUACUGUGUAUGUUAAAGAAAAUGGCAUCCCGGGAUCUUUACUGAUCUCAGUGUCCGCCUCUGAUACAGACAUGGGUGAGAAUGCGAAGAUCUCCUAUUCUAUAUUAGACUCUAAAGUACAAGACGUGUCUGUCUCGUCCUAUAUUUACAUAAACUCAGAUAACGGCAGCAUCUACAGCAUGCUGGUGGAGGCCACAGACUCGUCUCUGUUCACGUGUGAAUCUUUACACAGGGGAGGUGAGGACUAA